CUAAAAUAGCUCCCCAUGCAGUUCUGGGGGGCAGGGCUGGAACCGGACAUCAUGGGACAACUGUAAGGAUCCACACAUCCAGGUCAUCAACUCAGGCUCCUCCCCCAGCAACAUGAGCCCAGUGAUGUGGAGGGUGCUCAGCCAUAGUUACAGCAACUCCAGCAUCUUCAGGAAGGGCUCCUCUUACUCCACGGGGCUAGUGAGGCUGAAGAGGGAGGUCUUUGUCCUCCUGGCACAGAAACACUUUGGGCCGUGAAGGGUUUCUGUCCCCAGAGCCGUCUCCCUUCACUGGGAUCCUGA